AUGGGAGGCAACCAGACAUGGAUCACAGAAGUCACACUGCUCGGAUUCCAGGUCGAUCCAGCACUGGAGUUUUCCCUUUUUGGACUUUUCUCUCUCUUAUAUGCGCUCACCCUGCGGGGGAAUGGGGUCAUUCUAGGGCUUAUUUGCCUGGACACCAGACUGCACACCCCCAUGUACUUCUUCCUCUCACACCUGGCCAUUGUUGAUAUGUCCUACGCUUCCGACAAUGUCCCCAAGAUGCUGACAAAUCUUGUGAACCAGAAAAGAACCAUCUCCUUUGUUCCAUGUAUAAUGCAGACAUUCUUGUGUUUGGCUUUUGCUCACAUAGAGUGUGUGAUCCUGGUGGUGAUGUCCUAUGACAGAUAUGUGGCCAUUUGCCACCCCCUACAUUACACUGUCAUCAUGAGCUGGAGAGGGUGUAUUAUUCUGGCUUUCUCUUCCUGGGUGUUUAGCUUUUUCUUGGCCCUGGUCCAUCUACUUCUGAUCUUGAGGUUGCCCUUCUGUGGGCCUCAUGAAAUCAACCACUUCUUCUGUGAAAUCCUGUCUGUGCUCAAGCUGGCCUGUGCUGACACCUGGCUCAACCAAGUGGUCAUCUUUGUAGCCUGUGUGUUUGUCCUAGUGGGGCCCCUUUGUUUGGUGCUGGUCUCCUACUCACACAUCCUGGUCGCCAUCCUGAGGAUCCGGUCAGGGGAGGGCCGCAGGAAGGCCUUCUCCACCUGCUCCUCCCACCUCUGUGUGGUCGGGCUCUUCUUCGGCAGCGCCAUUGUCAUGUACAUGGCCCCCACAUCCCACCAUCCUGAGGAGCAGCAGAAGAUCUUGUCUUUGUUUUACAGCCUUGUCAACCCUAUGCUGAACCCCCUAAUCUACAGCCUCCGGAAUGUGGAGGUCAAGGGUGCCCUGAGGAGAGCUCUGUGGAAGGAGAGGCCCAUGUGA